GUUUCUCCCACAAAAUAAACAAUUGGUGUUUGGUGUUUGGUGGUUGGAGCAGAGUAAACACUCUGUAAAACGUCAAGUCGUCUCUGAAACUGAUAACAAAAGAAAAUUAGUAAAUGGUUUGAUUCUUCUUCUUGUUGUUGGUUGUUCUCAAAUUAUUGCAUUGUAGUAAGAGAGGCUAGUGUGUGUUUACAAAUGUCAUCAACUCCUGCUGCAGCCAUUGGAGGUGCUGCUGGAGGAGCUCUUGCAUUGAUUGCUCUUUUGUUUCUUGUCCUAUGGUUUUGCAUCUUUCGCCACAAGAAUGCGUCUGAGACAACAGGCUCUUCUGAUCCAUCAUCUCAAGAAAGAAGAAAUGUUGCAAUGGAGUUGUCAAUGAGAGAAUCCAAAAGGUUUGAAAUGGAGGAACUUGCUCAAGCCGCCAAGAAUUUCACCAGUAAAAGCCUCAUUGGUGUAGGCAAAUUCGGCGAGGUUUACAAAGGUUUGCUUCAAGACGGUGUGCUCGUAGCCAUCAAGAAAAGAACCGGUUUGCCUACCCAAGAAUUCGUCAACGAGGUUCGUUAUCUAUCGUCUAUCAAGCAUCGUAAUCUUGUUACCCUUUUGGGUUAUUGCCAAGAAAGCAACACGCAGUUUCUUGUCUACGAGUAUGUUCCUAAUGGAAGUGUUUCCAAUCACCUGUACGGUUCUGGUCCAAGUAGGCUAGAGUUCAGAAACAGGCUUGCCAUAUCUAUAGGAGCAGCUAAAGGAUUGGCACAUCUUCACUCAUUGAGUCCUCGGUUGAUACAUAAGGACUUCAAAACUGCUAAUGUUCUUGUGGAUGAGAACUUCAUUGCUAAAGUUGCGGAUGCAGGAGUCCGUAACUUCUUAGGAAGAGAGGAUGCUGGUACAUCGUCUCACGUUGUUGCUGACCACGUCUUCCUCUCCCCAGAGGUUCAAGAGUUCAAAAGAUUUUCAGACAAAAGUGAUGUAUAUGCUUUUGGGGUAUUCCUCUUGGAAUUAGUAAGUGGAAGAGAAGCAUCAGAACCAUCCCCUUCAAGCUCAACACAAACUCUAGUCGAAUGGAUGCAAAGCAUAACGGAUUACACUGAGAUACCUGCAAUGAUCGAUGAGAGACUAGGUGGUACAUAUACAGCAGAAGGAGUGGAGGAGGUUAUUACGCUGAUACUGAUAUGUCUUGAUGUAUCAAGUGAGAAGAGACCAACAAUGAGUUAUGUUGUGACAGAGCUUGAGAGGAUAUUGGACAAAGAAGUGAGCUUAACAACAGUAAUGGGUGAAGGUAAUCCUACUGUUACUCUUGGAAGUCAGCUCUUUAAAGCAUCAAAGUGAUUAAGAAAAAAAAGAACUAUGUUUACAUAUACAUAUAUUUAUAUAUAAGUUCUCUGAGAUAAAAACUAAUCAGAGAACUUAAGAGGAGGAAGAAGAAUGAGACUGAUCAGCUGCUCUGUGUAAAUUGUAUAAAGAACAGCUGAGCUAUUAUUUAUUCUUCUUUUUUAAAAUUGCUACUUCAUUUGGAGGUUAUUUUCAGCAUUUUUUUGUUUGAAAAUGAGUGCAGAAAAUGUAACUUUGUAAAAACAUUUUUUAUUGAUAUAAAGGAAGAAAAGAGUGGAAUGUUGUGAGAUU